AUGAACAGGUCAGCUCGAGCGCAUCGCUCCACAAAGAUACCCAAUGUCAAGCUCCGUCCCGCACAACGAGAGUCAGACAUCGCAUCAUCACCCUUAUCAUCAUCCGCAGCAUCCAAACAGCAGCAGAAUCGACUAGCUAAACGAAGAGAUCAACUCAUCGACGAUCGCCAAGAUGCCGCCCACUUUCGGCAGCUCCGAGAUCAAGGUCACGAUCACGGAGCCCAUCUGGAUGCUGACUUUAUUGGAACUUCCGCUCGACCGUUCAAAGGUGCUAUCAUCUCCAUCACUGGUCUUGCAGAUGUCAAGGCCGCUCUAACACAAUAUGCUCGAGAGCUUGGAGCCAGAGUCGAGGGCAACUUGACCGAAGAUGUCACCCAUCUCAUCGCAGACCGUCCAGGCUCGGAAAAAUAUCGCUACGCACUCGAACUCGGCAUGCACAUUGUCAGCCCAAACUGGAUCCUCGAUGCCCGCGAUGCUUGGCUGCAGGGAAAAGACAUCGACGCGCAAGAGCUCAAAGAGAAGCAUCUCUUACCUCCUUUGAGCAACACUACCGUCUGCUUCUCAGCCGUAGGCGGAGCAGAACGUCGCAAGCUUGUUGCUCUAGCUAAACAGUUGCGUGCCACAGUGUCGGAUGAGCUGCGUUUCGACGGCAGCAUCACACAUCUCGUCUCUGCCACAGCCGAUCCAAAUGCUUCCAGCAGCGUUCAUCACUUGCUUCGCUUUCUCGAUCGAUCCAGGCAUGGUCGAAACGGAACACGCGAGCAAGCAGCAUCACGCAUCUUGGCGGUACGCCCCGAAUGGCUCCAAGAUUGUCAAAAGGCAGGCGGCUGCUUGAGCGAGCAGGUCUACUCCAUCUUUGCCACCUUACCGGAUCAGAAAGAGCGCCAGGCACUCAUCGAGAAAGCCCGAUUUAAGAUCCCUUCACCUUUCCUGCACGAGGAGGAACAAGUCGCGCUACCCUUCCAAGGUACCUUUGUUGCUUCCAGUCGAUCUAAGCUUCGAUUGAUAGACAAUGACAACUCGCGCGGUGCAGGAGAUCAAGACGAAGCGGAUGAGGACGAAAAGCCAAUCACACUAGGCUCUCGACAAAAGGCAGCAGCAGCAGGCGAAAAGUCGUUUGACAACAUUCUCUCCCAACUCAGAGGCAAUCAGCCUUCCUCUUCGACUGGCAAAGCGGCAACUGCAGCAACAACAACUCUCGCCCCCGCUUCGGCAUCUGCGUCUGCUUCCGCUUCCACCCUUGCUCCUUCUUCUACCGCCACCACAUCAGCGCCGUACAAUCCGCAUCGCAACAGCCUCCUUGGCAUGUCUCGCGCCUCCAGCUUCUCUCCCGCACCACCACCAUCCACUUCCACCGCCACCACACUCCCCAUGCGCAAGGCAUCAACAUCCCAUGUCACAUUUACGAGCAAAUCUGUCGUCUUACCCCACUCAAGCCCUCUUAUCAGUACCCAAUCUACCACCGAGAGCAGCACGCACGGCAUCUUCCUUCGCAAAUCCUUCAAGAUUGCCCUCAACGACCCGCAGCGCAAGCGAGUGCUGGAGCAAGUCCUCAAAGACAAUUGUGCAUCAAUCAUUCCGGUUGAGCACAAAGCUAUGUCACAUUACACAGUCGUCGAGCCCAAGAUCUCUCCUGCUGCAUUGGAUGCACUAUUCAGCGAUGGUGCUCAGCCAGUACUGCAUUUCUGGAUCGAAUACUGUCUCUAUCACGAGAUGUUUAUGGAGCCGCGAGAGUACUUUGCUGGCCUUCCUGCUCAAGUUCCGCAGCCCAUACCUGAUGGAAACAAGCUCAGGCUGUUGCUGCUUGGGUUUGAUGCGGACUCGCCCGAGCUGUACCAUGCGCAGAAGGUGGUGGGCGAGCUUGGUGGCAGUAUUGCUAAGCAGAUGAAGGGGGAGGCCUUGACGCAUGUUGUAUGUGCGACGCAGGAGAGUUUUGAGGGUAAGAGGGCGCAAAAGGCACGAAAUGCCGGUGUGCCUGUUGUAGCGCUGGAGUUCCUGAUGAGAGCUAGGGAAACAGGUUGUCUCAUCCCCCCGCCUCAGCCAGCAACAGUGAUCGAGCGAAGUUCAUCGACUAUGACUACUAGCAGCAGCAGCACAAGUACCGGUCUCACCAACAACAGCAUCCUGACCAACGAACAACAAGUCGACGAACCUGCACUUCCGCUCUCAGGAUGUACGAUCUCUCGCUCGAAAGUCCUGGCUUCCCAGAGCGUCAUGUUGGAACGCAAAGUGUUGCAACUCGGUGGUUGCUGGCAAGUCCAACCCAACGAAUCAACCACGCAUCUUCUACAUCGUGGCAACGGUGCGCCUCGCGAAUACAAAGAGCUUGGAUCUAGCACCUUCCUCGUUCAUCCGAACUGGCUCGAAAAGUGUCUUGGGCAAAACAUUCGCGUUGAUGAAAGCUUAUUCCCAUCCUCGAUGGAUCCGUCAAGGUCGCUCCUUACAGUGCUGUCCAACUCGGACGGUUCAGCGCAGGGCAACUUCUUAUCUCAAGCUUCCCAAAGAGGUUCGGAAUCGCAACAACAGACGCAGACACAAGCAGAACUUGUGGCUGCUGCUAAGCCGUGGCACCGAUCCAUCUCUGUUGAUGCUGCACGAUAUGCCGAUAAUGAAGCGAGCAGAACUGAGACAGAAAGGUUUGCGAGGGGGCGAUCGGAAGAGAUCGAAGUAGCUCCUCAGUUUGGCGAUGCGAAUCUAGAGGGCUUGGAAGAUGUUGAUUUCGACGAUGCGGACAUUACCCUCAGUGAAGACGUUCGUCCUCGACCCAAUCCGGACGUAGAGGAGGUGGCACCAUCCAGUCAGACCCUUUUCGAGGGCGAAGAUGAUUCUCCGCUCCCCAACAUCUGUGGUAUCGUGAAGAAGGCCUCUCCUCAACCACCCGCCUCACCCACCCCGCUUCUCAAGUCGACCAAAGACCUAACCUCAGCAGAUGAAGUAAUGCAACUUCUCCGUACCCGAACGCUAGCCUCAUCCGGACGCAAGAAGAAUCGUCUUCCUCCACGUGCUCGCAAACCUCGCUCCGACGAACCCAUCAACAGAUCCAACUCCAAUGAUAUGCUUCCACCCGAGAAGGUGCUCGAAGCACAAGCAGCACGAGAUGCGCAGAGAGCGGAAGAGGCUGCUGCACAAGGCUUUUCCUUAGGGAUUGAUAAGGACGUAGCAUUGCAACCGGGAGCGAGUCAGAGCUUUGAUGCGAGCGUAAGAAUUGUAUAUGAAGAUCCAGCUGCGAGGAGGGAGAGGAUGAAGUUGUUGAAGAUUUUAGAAGCGCAGCCGGUCCAGGUGCGGGAGGAUGAGAAUGGGAAACAGCAGGAGACGGAGACAGAGCAAGAGCAAAUGCAGAGUAUGGAUGGUGCCGAAGAGGGAGCUGCAGAGUCGAAGAAAAGAGGAGCGGGGGAUACUUUUGGGGCGGGGAGACCAGCGAGACAUUAUUGGGAGACAAGGGAUGGUCAGAGUCCGACCAAGAGGCCUGUUGUGAGGCGACAGCCGUUGGCUAGGCGUUGA